CGGUGAUUUCCAAUUUCUGAUUAGCUGAUUCCUGAUUAGUGACUUCUAGUUGCAGACGACAGUAGGUCUAUCAUGUAUUCAGAGGAUAGCACGUCCACCACUUCAGAUGCCGCCAGUAUCUCCUUCUCCAGUGCCAUGGCGUGCCAUUCUAAAGAGAUCGGGGUGGGUGAGGAAUACAACAGUCGCUUGGCACGUCGCCCCCCGAAUGCCUUCCUGGUAUUCUGCAAGAAGAACCGGCCGACUAUGCGCACAAAUAAUCCUAAGCUGGAGAAUAGGCUUCUCACCAAAAAACUGGGCAGAUGGUGGGCCGUUCUAAGUGAUGAAGAAAAAGAACUGUACAAAUCAGUGUCAAACAGGAAUAAAGAGAGAUUUUUCAAAAAGAACCCCAAUUUCAAGUGGUAUAAGUUACCUGCUCCACCCUUGCGUCGUCUUUCAACCAGGCCAUCCAAAAUUAAAAUAAAAGCCGAGGCUCCGAUCAAAAGUGAGGAGGCUACAAGCUCUGUGCAGUUAUCAAUCAAAAGCGAGACUAUAAGCUCUGUAAAACUGGCAGAUGAAUCACAGCUUGGAGCUCUAACAAGUCUUCUGACACCUCCAAAGCCUCCAAACAAGCGAUACCUGCAGAUGAAUCAUCCCAAAUCAGAAGAGAAUACUUAUUUCAACAAGAGCUUGUUGAGAUUCGAUGUAGAACCUGCUGUUGAAGUGAAGGAAGAACCACCAGAAGAUAAAAAUGAGGAGGAACGUGUAAAUGAGGAAAAUGAACAGGCUGUUGUCACAAACAACUGCUCAACUGGAAGUUUCAACCAACAUUUUCGAGUAUUGAAUGGUCAUUUCAAUGGAGUUAUCAGCGAAUAUCAUGAACCACUGAGCCGGCGCCAAUCAGAGCGACUCAAACGUCGGAACAAUCAAUGGUACUCAGAGUUGGAGAAUAAUACUGAGACUCCACCUAAAACAGAACAGGCUGUUCCCAUCAAAUGGGAAAAUUCAUCAGAGCUCGAAAACGAAGAAAAUGCUCCUGAAUACUUGACGCAUUCCGACACCAAAGUCAAAUUGGAGAAUAAGUUUUCCCUUUUCUAUGAUAAUUACAUUGACGUUGAAUUUGAAAAAGAAAUCGAAGAGCUGCCGGAAUUGAACUACGACGAUUUUAUACUAAAGAACAACGAGAAGAAAACGAAGAUGGCGAAGCCAAAGAAAACCAGACCAUCCAAUUCCCUCAUGGAUUAUAAGGGCCUGAAAGCUCCCAAGAAACGACGACAGAAUAUCAAUAAUAAUAAAGAUGAAGAUGAUUCGGUGGAUUCUGAUGAUUCAGGAUCCAAUUAUAUUAUCGAUACUAGCAAGUGGAGACGAUCUGCAUUGAAGAACCGUCCAAAUAUGAGCGGAGAACACCCCGUUGCUACAACUUACACAUCCACUGCUGACAAUCCAGUAACCAGCAGGAUCGAAAACACGUCCUCUCCUCGAGAUCAACGCACAACACAUCCAGUUUCUGGUAAGUAA